CGUCGCUUUAGCGAAGAUGGCGGAGGAGCGUCAGGCUGAGCGUCCCGCACGGCUGUAGGACUCUAAACGCCGCUUUAAUCUCACACCAAGUCUCGGCUUCUCCACGACAACCCAGAGGGACAGUCUUCACACACCCUCAGUGUUUUGAGCUCUGGAGGACAUCAUUUACUAGAGAUGCAACCACCUCCUCGUGCGGCGCCCCCUGGAGCAUGUGGCCCGCCCCCAUCUUCCUCCGGUGGCCCCAAUGCAUUUAGGAGGACUCGACCACACAAGCAUGGAGCAGCAGCCACUGCAGCAGCACCUGUUCCACCCUCUCAGCCAGUGUCUGACCCUUUUGCCUUCGUGAGGCAAGUGCCACCUUCAAUGCCAAUAGGCAGCCAGGCUCCACCUCCAAACAGCAGUCCUCUUCCUAUGCAAGCCCCUCCACCAGCAGGUUUUACCCACCCCGCUCCUCAAGUCCCACCAUCAGGAGCGCAAAUGGCAGCAGCUGGUCCCCCACCCACCUUUUUCACCCCUCAUCCUGGUCCAUCAGGGCCUUCACCUGCUCCUAACCCACCUCCUGUUGAGCCUGGCUAUUUCAACUCCCAAGAACCAAUGCCGUAUAUUGCGCGGUUGCCGAACCCUGCCACUCCUUUCAACUCCUUUCAGUCUCCUCCUGCAUCCUCAACACCACCAAUUCAAAGCAACCCUCCAUUUCAGCCCACUCCUCCUGCUCCAUCGCAUUUGGUGCCUGAUCAUGGUAGUCGCCCCCCCUCUGUUCAGAACUACUUUCAGCCAACCAGUGAUCCGCCUCAGCCUUUCCAUGCCCCUCCCCAGGCACAGGCCCCUCAUCCUGCCCCCUCAUCCCAUCCUGGCCCCCCGCAGACACACCUUCAAAAUCAUAGCCAGUCGACUCCACUGAAUUCAGGUGGGCCGGCCAGUUCACAGCAACAGAACUCCCACUUUUCAGCCCAAAAUUAUUUUAGCCAGACUGGUGGAGCCCCAGAGCCAUGGUUCAGUCAGGUUCCACAGGAUCCAUCUCAGCGUGCCUGUCCCAUCCCCUAUGUCCCUGCUGACUCCGGAACACUGUCUAUGUUCUUCCGGGGCAAUGACGUAGAGAACGAAGAAACUCUUUCAGGGGAGGGACAUGUGAAUGGGAUCUCUAACCCUCCACAUGCAGGGGUAGUAGCUGAGGCCUCUGCGCAGUAUUUGAAUGACAGUGGGAAUAUCAGAGCUGGUGCAGGUCCAAGUGACUCUGUCGAGAAUCUGGAAUGCAUUCCGAACCAAGAAGUGCUGCCUAGCGAACCACCGCCGAGCCAUACCUAUGAGGCUGGGCCUAACUUGGAGACUCCAGAUUCUGCCCCUCGCCCCACACGUUCUGCAAGUGUCUCGUCAAGCUACAGCAAUGUCAGUCAUGGAAGUGGCCACGCCCCCCACAGUGGUGGCCACCCUCCUCGACGGCAUCAGGGUGUUGUUGGAACAUUUAUCCAGCAGGAAAGCCCCCGCCCCCCUGAUCCACCAGCCUCCCAUUCCUCCCCUGCUGGUUACUUUGAACAAAUAGAUUCUGCCCCUGCUCCAGAGCUGAGUCCCACGUUCCCAACCCCCAGCCCCCCAAAACCAGUGGGCGUGUUCCAGGCCAGUGCUAACUCCUCCUUUGAACCUGUGCGAUCACAUAGUGUUGGUGUUAGGCCUGCUGAAGUUGACAGAGCUAGAAUGGUUAUGGAAAAGGGUGGAGCAGAUGGGCUGCCUGGCAACCUGGAGCAGCCUCCGGACAAUAUGGAGACUAUUUAUUUUCCAGGAGGGCAGGAUCGCAGACCUUCUUCUAGAGCCCAGGGAUCUCGUCGACCCUGCGAAAGUCCAGCUACAACCCUCUGGGCUCAGAGUGAUCCUGCUAGUCUCGGAGCUAAUAUUCUGUUGGCACCUGCAGCGCCCCCUCUGGCUGCUGCUCUUGUUCCUGUGCGUCAAUCCAGUGCUGAGGUCAUCCAGCCACCAGAAGAUGGACCAUUGGAUCUGCAGCCACCCAGGGCACAUCCACAACCUCACUCUGAGAACCUUGAGAACCCACCGGACUCGGCCUCUCAGGCAAGUCUGGGUUACGCUUCCUUGCUGGUGGCCACGCCUUCUGUAGAGGCUUUGAACCAGCCUGUCUUGAUUGCACCCCCUUCUUCUAAUUAUAGUGUUAUUUCUCCUCAAAACCCUCAUCAAACAGCCAAUCAGACAAGUCCCAAGGAGGCCACCUCACCCGUUCGACCACCAUCUCAAACCCCAGUGGCCAGUCAAUUGCCUCCGGGUUCCUCUUCAAAUCAGCCGCCACCUCUUUUCUCUCAGGCGCCAAUAAGCUCUUACCCUCCUUCCAGCCAGAGUCCGUUGAAUCUGGCUCAUGAGGUCAAAGAUGCUCCGCCUCCUGCCCAACCUGCCCGCCCGCCUCUUUCAAGGGCCCAAUCACUAAGAGGUGAUGGUCAAGCUGUCCAAUCUCCUAAUUCACAAGUUACAUCUUCUGCUUCUACCGCUAAUCAGAAUCAACCCUCAAAUUUUGAGCUUCUUGAUUUUUCUAUGCACCAACCACAGAGCACAAAUCAACCUGUGGCUCUGCCCAUUUCCCAGUCUGUUCCUCCUGCUGCCAUGGUGAAUAACACACCUGGCUUUUACCUGCAGGUCACCAAAGAUGCGCAGCAAGCUGUGCGGGCUGACACGGAACCUCCACUUCAGCCACCAGCCCCAAACCCCCCAAGACCUUCCAGCAAUCAAACUAACAACGAACCCACUGGUCCCUCCCAGUCGGCCCAUCAAGUUCCAACCCAGUAUCAGCCACCCCUACAGGCUCCACCCACUUCCCAAGCUGCCCCACCCCCUGUAUCUGGCCCAGCCCCACCUCCUACUUAUCCUCCCCAGGCUGGGAACACUACUGCCUCACAUGAACCUCAGCGCCCCCCGUCUUCUCUUGGGGGUCAGCCUGGUUACGGUGCUCCACCUCCCAUGCCUCCCGGGCCUGGAUAUGGCAGUUACUACCCAGAGUACCAGGAUGGAAGGCAUCCCUACCCUCCUCAGUACCCCCACAUGGACCCAAGGGCUCAGAACUACUACCAGGAUGAUCCGUAUCGGAGAGCUGAUCCCCGAUACGGCCGAUAUAACGGACCAAACCCUGGUUACCGGGAGAUGGAGCGGCAGCCAGAGAGACCCAGUUCAAGAACCAGUCAGUACUCUGACCGACCCAACUCCAGGCAGGGGUACACAGAAGAUUACCCCAGGCCUAACCGCAGUGCCUACGAAGACUACUAUGCAAAUUAUUACAAGAAACAGUACGAACAGUACGCAGAUCGGAGCAGGUGGUAUGACCCCAGUGCCGUUUAUGACCCCCGCUAUAGAGCUUACUAUGACCAGGCCUACAGCUGGUAUAACUACGACCCCGAGGCCUACAGAAGAGACCCUUACUACAGCCAACAGUAUCCCAGCAGGCCAGAAAACUAUGAUGAUCCAUGGCGCUACUAUCCUGGCUACGACUCCAGUUUCGACGAUGACUGUCGCCGGCGGGAUCCGUAUGCGGAUGAAUUUGACCGGCGCUCCGUCCACAGCGAGCGAUCCGCCCACAGCGUCCACUCUGCACACAGCCGGCGCAGCAGCUUCAGCUCACGAUCGCAGCAGAGUCAGGUGUACAGGAGUCAGCCGGAUCUGGUUGCCGCAAGUUAUGAUGCCACAGCAACAACACUGCCUGUGGACUAUUCCUACGGUCAGUUUCCUGACCAAACAGACGCUCAAGGCUACAGCCAGUACAAUGCCACAGAGACCACGUGGACUGCCCCAGAACAGCCUCCUCCGAGGCCAUUGACUCCGGAGAAGUUCUCUGUCCCGCACUGCUGUGCACGGUUCGGUCCGGCAGGUCAGCUGAUCCUGGUCCAGCCUAACCUGCCUUCAGCUGGGCAACCGGCUCUCGUGGAGCUCCACAGCACGGAGACGAUGAUGCAGGAUUCUCCAGAGCAGGCCGAGUUACGAGCUUUCCCAGGACCACUCGUCAAGGAAGAGACCCAUAAGGUGGACGUUAUAAAGUUUGCCCAGAACAAAGCUCAGGAAUGCGCGCGAAAUGACGACCUCAUCGACAAAGACUCCGCUGUGCUCAUCUGGGAGUUCAUAGUACUGCUCUGUCGACAGAAUGGGACUGUGGUGGGUACAGACCUGGCUGAUCUGUUGCUGAAGGAGCAUCGCUCUGUGUGGCUGCCGGGUAAAUCGCCCAACGAAGCAAAUCUGAUUGAUUUCACCAACGAGGCGUUGGAGCGGCCCGAGGAGGAGGGGUCCGGCCCACUGUCUCUGCUGUCCGACACCUUCAUGGGCACACCUGAGAAUGCUGGGAAGGAAACAGAGCGCUUCAGGGAACUGCUGCUGUUUGGGCGAAAGAAGGAUGCUCUUGAGUCUGCUAUGAAGAACGGGCUUUGGGGCCACGCACUGCUUCUGGCCAGUAAGAUGGACAAUAGAACACACGCAAGAGUCAUGACCAGGUUUGCCAACAGUCUUCCCAUCAACGACCCCCUGCAGACAGUCUACCAGCUCAUGUCAGGAAGGAUGCCAGCUGCUGCUACGUGUUGUGGGGAUGAGAAGUGGGGAGACUGGCGCCCCCAUCUGGCCAUGGUGCUCUCCAACCUUACGCACACUCUGGACUUGGACACGCGCACCGUCUCGACAAUGGGAGACACUCUGGCCUCCAAAGGUCUGGUUGAUGCAGCUCAUUUCUGUUACCUGAUGGCUCAGGUGGGCUUGGGGGUCUUUACCAAAAAGAGCACCAAGAUGGUCCUUAUUGGCUCCAACCACAGUUUGCCCUUUGUGAGAUUCUGUGCUACUGAAGCGAUCCAGAGAACAGAGGCGUAUGAGUACGCUCAGUCUCUGGGCUCUCAGCCUCUCUCACUGCCCAACUUCCAGGUGUUCAAGUUCAUCUACGCAUGUCGGCUGGCGGAGGCGGGGCUUUGUGCUCAGGCCUUCCAUUAUUGUGAGGUCAUUUCCCGUGCGCUGCUGACGUUACCUGACUACCAUUCACCUGUGUUCAUCAGUCAGCUCAUACAGAUGUCUGAGCGGUUGAGGUUUUUUGACCCCCAGCUGAAGGAGAAGCCGGAGCAAGAGCUCUUCCAGGAGCCAGACUGGCUGCUGCUUCUCAGAAAACUCAGCAGUCAGAUUCAGGAUGGUGUGAUAUCGUUGCGUACAGACCGCAGCACUCCUCAGCCGUCUGCUUGCACUACGCCGAGCUCAGAGGAACACCCCAGCCUGCCUGACCAUUCAGCUUUGACCGCCGAUCCUCAUAACCCCCUCAUGACCUCCCUAAUGCCACAGCCAGGCCCACCAACGCCGGGGGUACAGCUCAUGCCACCAGCUCCAGUAACCAUUUUGCAAGAUGGGGCUGUCCCACUGCAUCAUGCCCCUCCCCCUGGCGAGAGUGUUCCGUUUUACCCAGCAGCCCCUGUUCCAGCCCAGCCUGGCUUCCCCCCACAGUUCCAGCCUGAACACCAGGAACCUUACUCACCCAUGCCAACCCAGAGCCCUACGCUGUCCCCUAACAUGCACCCACAGAUGCCCCUCUACACACCUACGGAAAUGCCCCCUCACAUGGCCCCUCAGAUGCACCCUCAGAUGCCCUUUGGAAUGCCCCCCCAAAUCCCUGGGGCACAGUCUACACCUACACCUCCCUCUCCUCAGCUGCCUCAGCCGUCUCCCCCAUCCCGCGGGCUCCCUCCUCAGAUGGACUUCUAUGACAACAUGGCCCACAUGAGUUCAGGAAGAAGAUCCAGGACCACCUCUCAGUCUUCAACACACAUGAUGCCAGGACGUCGCUCCCGCACCACGUCAGAGUCGUCCACUCAUUCCACUGGACGAGAACGGAGCAACUCUGCAGCCAAUCAGAGCUCUCCUCCUCCACCCCCUAUUCCAGAGGCUCCGCCCCAGGAGGCACCCAAGAAAACCAAGAAAGAAUCGCCGAAAAAGGGAGGAGGUGGAGGCAUCCUGAGCUGGUUGUAUCGGAGAGGAAAGAAUGAAGUUCAUCUUCCCGAUGACAAGAACAAAUCGAUUGUUUGGGAUGAGAAAAAGCAGAGAUGGGUGAAUCUGGAUGAACCAGAGGAGGAGAAUAAGCCACCACCCCCUCCUCCCUCAAUGUUUCCAAAAGCUCCAAUGGGUGGUCUGGGAGCAGGGCCUGGAAUGGGUGGACCGCCGGGUGGACCGCUGGGUGCACCGGGGGCAGGGCCGCCUGUUAAUAUGUUCUCGAGGAAAGCAGGCACUAAGGCUCGGUAUGUAGAUGUGUUGAAUCCAGGUCGUGGAGAUUCCAGACCUGCUGCCGCAGUUCCUCCUCCUGCUGACCUGUUCGCCCCUCUCGCACCCAUGGCAAUGCCUGCCAACCUCUUCGUUCCCACUGCAGCUCCAGAUGACCAGCAGCCGAUGGAGGGAAGUGUUCCCGACAGCAGUGGAGCCAACACAGAACACAGUCAGCCCAGUGCUGCAGUUCCACAGAUGUUUAAUCCGACACUUUUGCCCCCGGGUCCAGAGGGCACUCAGUCAGGAGAGGUCCCCACACAGCCACCGGCCCAGGGAGCUCCACCCACAGGAGGCGUGACUUUUUAUAAUCCCUCUCAGUUUGCACAGUCUGCUCCUCCAGCUCGGUCUCGUCCUGGGCGACUGGGGCAGCGGGAGUACCCCACACUGAAAUAAAGACACGGAUCGCUGUGGUUCUACAACACUUAAGGAUGAAUUUCGAUCCAGACUCAGAAGCGCUGGUCCACCGUCUGGCCUCCCAGUGGUCACCACCUUCAUCUUGUUCGCCGUCAUCAUCCCAGUUUAUUCCAUGUUUUUCUUUUACGAGUGUAUGAUGGUCUAUACAGGCAAGCCAUCGCCCUCAAGAGACGCAUUAGCCCCGUCUCUCGUCUCUACUCUUCUUCUGUCGUCUUCUUCCUCUGACUCUUGUUUGCCCUGUGUCUUGAUUGGAAUGCUCUUCCCUCUGAACAGUGUGACAUUUAAGUGCAAUAAUAUUGUUUAGAUUCGUUUAGUUUGCCUAAUUGUAACUGCAUUUCAGCCCUGUGUGUUUGUGAGAGCGAGCGAGUAUGUGUGCUUGUGUGAGAGAGAGAGAGAGAGAGAGAGGGGAGUGCCGGUGGGAGGCAACCAGUGCGGGCGAGGUGUGGUCAUCUGGCCCGUUGUUGGCGUGGUAAUAGUGAGGCGAGGGUUGUUGGAAUAUUUUAGGUAUUUAUUACAGCUUCCUGUUGGAAUGAGAAGCAUUUAUGAAGCUUUUUUUAAUCAUCACCCCCACAGUCUGUAUAUCAGAAUGAAUAUUUAUGAACUGUAGUCUGCGUGCGCUAAACCCCUGUCCCUGCUCUGCUUCACUCGGAUUCAUGAUUUUUUUUUUUCACUUGUAGAAACAUUUUCAUAGAUUUGUAUGAUUUAUAUACGAUCCCAACUCAAUUGUACAUGUAUUGCCGCUUUCUCUGGUCAAUUCUCGUGAUUUUUUUUUUAAAGAUGAUUUUCAUGAUUUUAUUUCUUUGCCGUAAACUUCAGCUUUUCACAUAAUCCCCCUCUGUUGCUGGUCUCAUUCCAUGGCAAAAGUGAGUUGUUUAGUAAUUCCAAUGGAUUACUCUGAAGGAAGCCUGGACUUAUUCAUUGUGUUUAAUUGACUGUAAAACUCUUGACAAGACAAGAAACAAAGUGAUGAAAAUAAAGAUAUUUUUGAGCUCUUUAGCACUUGGCAGGAUGUGCCGAAUGUUAAUUUCCUUCCUCAUUUGAAAGCGAACUGAAAGGCUGAAUGGUUUCGUUUAUUUGAGUGUUAAAACAGCGAAUAAUAUAUGGUUUAUAACACUGUAAAUAGUUUUUAAACAUGUAAACCAUGCAAAUUUGAGUCUGUUUAUUAAAAGGAAUGUAGCUAAA